CAGUGGUGGAGCAGGAGCGCGCGCGGGGAUCUGCUUCGUCAUCCGUGUGAGUGGAUGAGUGGAUGUCCUCUGCUCUGAGGGGCGCGCGCCAGUGUUUCUUCAGCAGCAGCACGAGAGCAGAGCUCUCUCUCUCUCUCUUUUUCUCUCUCUCUUUUUCUCUCUCUCUUUUUCUCUCUCUCUCUCUCUGCAUCUGUCUGCGCACGCGCGCUGGUGGGUGCAGGAGUCUCGCGCUGCGGCGGAGGUGCGGCGGUCUGAGCUGCUGCUGCUGCUGUGAGGAUGGAGGAUCCCGCGCGCUCCCCCACAGAGGGGGGGUCACCUGUCCCGGGGCGCGUGAGACAGUCGGACAGUAACACUAGUUUCCUGAGGGCGGCGAGAUCCGGGAACGUGGAGAAAGUUCUGGAGCUUCUGAAGUGUGGACAGGACAUCUCUACCUGUAACCAGAACGGGCUAAAUGCUCUUCACCUGGCUGCUAAAGAGGGUCAUGUAGGACUGGUGGAGGAGCUGCUAGAGAGAGGAGCAGCAGUGGACUCCUCUACUAAGAAAGGUAACACCGCCCUCCACAUCGCCUCAUUGGCUGGUCAGAAGGAAGUGGCUAGACUUUUGGUGAAAAGAGGAGCAGAUGUUAACUCCCAAUCACAGAAUGGCUUCACUCCACUCUACAUGGCUGCUCAGGAGAACCAUCUGGAAGUGGUUCGCUACCUGCUGGAAAAUGGUGGCAACCAGAGCACCGCCACCGAGGAUGGUUUUACUCCUCUGGCGAUCGCCCUUCAGCAGGGUCAUAAUCAGGUGGUGUCUCUGCUGCUGGAGCACGACACUAAGGGUAAAGUCCGGCUCCCUGCACUCCACAUCGCCGCCCGCAAGGACGACACCAAAUCUGCUGCCCUCUUACUGCAGAACGACCACAACGCCGACGUCCAGUCGAAGAUGAUGGUGAACAGAACCACUGAGAGUGGCUUUACUCCUCUUCACAUUGCUGCUCACUACGGGAACGUCAACGUUUCCACACUGCUGCUGAACCGUGGCGCUGCCGUGGACUUUACUGCCCGGAAUGGUAUAACCCCUCUCCAUGUGGCCUCUAAAAGGGGCAAUACCAAUAUGGUGGAGCUCCUGCUGGAAAGGGAAGCACAGAUUGAUGCUAAAACUAGAGAUGGACUGACCCCGCUCCACUGUGCUGCUCGUAGUGGUCAUGAUGCAGCAGUGGAGAUUCUCUUAGAGAAAGGAGCUCCUAUACUCGCAAGAACCAAGAACGGACUGUCCCCGCUGCACAUGUCCGCUCAGGGUGACCAUGUGGAGUGUGUGAAGCACCUGCUGCAGCACAAAGCUCCGGUUGACGAUGUCACUCUGGAUUACCUGACCGCCCUGCACGUCGCCGCCCACUGUGGCCAUUACCGAGUCACCAAACUGCUGCUGGACAAGAGAGCCAAUCCCAACGCUCGAGCACUGAAUGGCUUCACUCCACUGCACAUCGCCUGUAAGAAGAACAGGGUGAAGGUGAUGGAGCUGCUGGUCAAAUAUGGAGCUUCCAUCCAGGCUGUUACUGAGUCUGGUCUGACUCCAAUACAUGUGGCUGCGUUUAUGGGUCACCUCAACAUAGUUCUGCUGCUGUUGCAGAACGGAGCUUCACCUGACGUCUGCAACAUUCGAGGUGAGACAGCCCUGCACAUGUCUGCGAGGGCGGGGCAGAUGGAGGUGGUUCGCUGUCUGCUGAGGAAUGGUGCUCGAGUGGACGCCACAGCCAGGGAGGAUCAGACCCCGCUCCACAUUGCCUCCAGGCUGGGUCAGAGUGAGAUAGUUCAGCUGCUGCUGCAGCACAUGGCUGAUCCUGAUGCCUCCACCACCAACGGAUACACCCCCCUACACAUCGCUGCCCGAGAGGGUCAGAUACACACCACCGCCGUGCUGCUGGAGGCCGGAGCCUCACACUCCCUCACCACCAAGAAAGGCUUCACUCCUCUCCAUGUUGCUGCUAAGUACGGAAGCCUGGAAGUGGCCAAACUUCUUCUGCAACGUCGAGCUCUUCCUGACGAGGCUGGAAAGAAUGGUCUUACUCCCCUACAUGUUGCUGCUCACUAUGAUAACCAGCAGGUGGCGUUGCUGCUUCUGGAGAAAGGUGCCUCCCCUCACACCACAGCCAAGAACGGUUACACCCCCCUGCAUAUCGCUGUGAGGAAGAAUCAGCUCCAGACGGUAAUGGCUCUUCUGCAGAAGGGGGCGGAGCCUGGCUCAGUGACCCUGCAGGGCGUGACCCCGUUGCACCUGGCAGCUCAGGAGGGUCACGCGCACAUGACCACACUACUGCUGGAGCAGGGUGCUAAUGCUAAUGCUACCACUAAGAGCGGACUGACCCCUCUUCACCUCGCUGCCCAGGAGGACAGAGUGAACGCGGCCGAGGUUCUGGUUAAACACGGUGCUAACUUAGACCACCAGACCAAGCUGGGUUACACCCCUCUCAUCGUAGCGUGUCACUAUGGAAAUGUGAAGAUGGUGAACUUCCUCCUGCAGCACGGUGCCAGCGUCAACGCCAAGACCAAAAACGGCUACACACCUCUCCACCAAGCAGCUCAGCAAGGAAACACACACAUCAUCAAUGUUCUGCUCCAGCAUGGUGCUAAGCCUAAUGCUGUUACUAUGAAUGGAAACACUGCUCUGUCCAUUGCGAAACGUCUUGGAUACAUCUCGGUGGUGGACACACUGAAGGUGGUCACGGAGGAGAUCACUACUACCACCACGACAGUGACGGAGAAGCACAAACUGAACGUGCCGGAGACGAUGACGGAAGUUCUCGAUGUUUCCGACGAGGAAGGUGAGGACACUAUGACCGGUGACGGGGGUGAGUAUCUGAGAGCAGAGGAUCUGAGGGAACUGGGAGACGACUCUCUACCUGGACAGUACCUGGACGGCAUGAGCUACCUCAGCCACAACCUGGACAGAGUGCAUCAGACUCCACAUCUGGGUUACCCAAGAGACGGGGUGCUGAUCGAGGACAUGAUAGCCAGCCACCAGGUGUCUGCUCUCUCUAGAGAGCAUGAUAAGGAUUCUUUCCGGCUGAGUUGGGGAGCGGAGCACCUGGAUAACGUGGUGCUGACAAGCACUCUGCUGCACUCUGGCCAGUCUACUCCGUGCCUUGACCAUGACAACAGCAGCUUCCUGGUGAGUUUUAUGGUAGAUGCCCGGGGUGGUGCCAUGCGUGGGUGUCGCCACAAUGGUCUGCGCAUCAUUGUGCCACCCAGGAAGUGUUCAGCGCCCACUCGGGUGACCUGCAGGCUGGUGAAAAGACACAGGCUGGCUACUAUGCCUCCUCUGGUGGAGGGAGAAGGAAUUGCAGGCAGGAUCAUAGAGGUUGGACCCACUGGGGCACAAUUCCUUGGAAAGCUGCACCUGCCCACAGCUCCGCCCCCUCUGAAUGAGGGUGAGAGUUUGGUGAGCAGGAUCCUGCAGCUCGGCCCACCCGGAACUAAAUUCCUCGGGCCGGUGAUUGUUGAAAUCCCUCACUUUGCUGCUCUGCGUGGUUCUGAGCGUGAGCUGGUGAUUCUGCGCAGUGAGACGGGCGAGAGCUGGAGGGAACAUCACUGUGAACACACUGAAGAGGAACUCAACCAGAUACUCAACGGCAUGGAUGAGGAGUUGGAUUCACCUGAGGAGUUGGAGAAGAAGCGAAUCUGCCGCAUCAUCACUCGUGAUUUCCCGCAGUACUUUGCGGUGGUGUCUCGGAUAAAGCAGGACAGUCAUCUGAUUGGUCCGGAAGGCGGAGUCUUGAGCAGUACUCUGGUUCCACAGGUGCAGGCUGUGUUUCCAGAGGGAGCGCUGACCAAGAGGAUCCGCGUGGGUCUGCAGGCCCAGCCAAUUGGGGAGACCGUGGUGAGGAAGAUUUUGGGAAAUAAAGCCACGUUCAGUCCCAUCGUUACUCUGGAGCCUCGGAGGCGUAAAUUCCACAAACCGAUCACUAUGACCAUCCCCAUCCCCAAAAGUUCCACCAAUGAUGGAACAAGCAGCAUGUUUGGUGGAGACACGCCCACACUGCGCUUACUCUGCAGCAUCACAGGAGGCACCACUCCUGCACAGUGGGAGGACAUAACAGGAUCUACUCCUCUAACCUUUAUCAACCAGUGUGUCUCCUUUACCACAAAUGUAUCGGCCAGGUUCUGGCUCAUAGACUGUCGCCAGACUCAGGAGUCGGUGAAUUUCUCCACGCAGGUUUAUCGUGAGAUCAUUUGCGUUCCCUACAUGGCCAAGUUUGUCAUUUUUGCCAAAACUCUGGAUCCCAUCGAGGCACGUCUGCGCUGCUUCUGCAUGACGGACGAUAAGAUGGAUAAAACCCUGGAACAGCAGGAGAACUUCACCGAGGUGGCGCGCAGUCGAGAUGUUGAGGUUCUAGAAGGAAAGCCCAUUUUCGCAGACUGCUUUGGAAACCUGGUGCCCAUGACCAAAAGUGGCCAACACCAUGUUUUUAGUUUCUACGCCUUUAAGGAGAACCGGCUUGCCCUUUUCAUUAAAAUUCGUGACACCGCGCAGGAGCCCUGUGGGCGCUUAUCUUUUACCAAGGAGCCGAGGACUUACCGGAGCCUUACCCUCAGUGCCAUCUGUAACCUCAACAUAACACUUCCUGUUUAUUCCAAGGAAUCUGAUUCAGACCAAGACCCUGAUGAAGAGAGCGACAAGACUCAUGAGAAAUAUGAGGACGAAACCGAAUCGACAGAACUUUCCAUCGUAAACGCAAAAAUCGUUCACGAUCCAGCCACACUCGCAAGUCCAGACCUCCUUUCAGACAUAUCUGAUUUGAAGCAGGACCUCAUCAAAAUGUCUGAACUUCUGACCGCUGACCAGUCACUGGCUGGAGAAGGAGAUGAAGAAAUUAACUUGCGCAUCAUUGGGCAGGAGGAGGUUGAGGAACCUUUUGAGAUAGUGGGUAGAGUUAGAGGGGAUCUGGAGAGGGUAGACGAGAUUCUGCGUGUUGGAACAUUAAAUGAAACACAAAAUAACCAAACCGUAGGAGAAUCUAAAUCUGGACAACAUGACUCCAUACACUCUAGUGACAAAAAUGUGGUGGAUACCAAACCUAAGGAGAUCGUCCAUGUACACGAGCCUGUACUCAAGGAGGUCAGAAUCACAAGACCCACUGACUCUAGUUCCCCACCCAGGAAAGAUGCAUCUGCAAUGGUCUCUCAUCUUACCACCGACUUAGCCAACUAUCUCCAGGAGAUCCCAGUGGGUGCUCAUCUUGUUCAAACAGAGAACAUUGUUGAAGAGAUGUUUACAGAGGUCGUGCUACAACGGGAACGGAGGCGUAACCCCCCUAGAAUCAAGAAGCCAGCCAGAAGGAAGCUUAAAGACAGGGAAUUUGCAAGUGGAAGCUCAGAAGAUGAACUUGAAAGAAUGAGUUCUGAGGAAUCGCUGGAUGGAGACGCAGUUCUUGGAGAGCCUGAGGAAGUGCCUCCACCAGCACCUGUGUCACCUAAAGUUGUGGAGACUCCCAUAGGUUCCAUCAAAGAUAGAGUAAAAGCUCUUCAAAAGAAAGUGGAAGAGGAGGAAAAAGGGGAGGGUUUUAAGAGACAAGUUAGACAGGAAACCCAACAGGUGACUACCGUCCAAAGCAAGUCUUAUUCAACCAAGAGUGAAAUGGAAGAACAGUAUAUGGCACCUCCUAAGUCACCAAAGUCGCCAAAAUCCCCACGAUCCCAGACAGAAAGGAUAGAAGAGACCAUGUCGGUGAGGGAGCUGAUGAAAGCAUUCCAAACAGGCCGAGACCCAUCAAAGAGCAAGUCCGGGCUUUUUGAACAUAAAGCUCUUACUGGAGGAGCAGUGACUUCUGAAAUAACUAGGACAACUCAGGACAUUCCGCUUAAUCAAAACUACGAUCCACAAAAAACCCACUCGGUAGAAAAGACUGAUCCGUCUGUGAUUACCUCUAAUGAUCCUACUGCCAGUCAAAAAGUCCAAACAAGUGUAGAGAUAGGACUUUCAGAUAUUUCCGCCAGAGACACAGACUACUCGAGAGAACAGAGACUGCAAACUGAGGUAAAUGUGGUCAUUCAACAUGGAAACUCAUCUGAAGCAACAGAUGAACAAAAAGAAGCUUCAGAAAUAUCAAUCUCUCAUGAGAGAGAGAACAAUAAAGAUGCUCUGUUUAACACUGACAAAGUCCAGAAAGAAGAUGGUCAAGUUGAAGAAUCAACAAUAACUUUGAAAAGUUGGCAGUAUGAGAGGAACAGGCGUAGCUCUGACAGAUUACCCUCCGAAAAUCAGAACAUUAGCCAUGAACGGAGAACAUCUGAAGAACCACAGAUUAGUCCAGACCGGAGACCCUCUGAAGACUUCAGUGCUGUCAUCAAGGAGGAACUGGAGAACCAUCCAGAGUAUCAGCGUUUUAAACCAACCCCAACCUCAGCACAACUUGGAUACACCUUCUUCAGAGAAACUAGGAUUCUACAAGAUGGACAGCAACAUAACGCUUCGGAGUACCGUUCAAAUAAACCAAAUCCUGUGGUCAGAUUUGCCACUGUAAUGGUGCACAGUGAGCCGUCCGUUGCAACUUCAGUCUGCGAUGACUUUAGGGAAAUGGUAGAAAGUCCAGAGAGGGACGACGAAGAACAAGUUAGAGAUUCACCUGGAACCAGUUUUGGGAGCCGAACACCACAUACAAGCUUAGGAGAGAGUGAAACAUAUGAGGAACUAAUGGAAACCCCACAGGCAAGUCCUGAGGAUCCCUUUUUGAGCCCAAAGGAAAAGGUAAAACAAGAUCAGCAUGAGGAUGAAGAGACAACGCCCAGAGUUUUACCCAUGGAAACCAAAAGUUCAAUCCAGACAGUGCAGAUAACUUAUUCACAAGAGACAGGAGAAGAUCUUGAUGGGUAUGAGGGUAUGAUGAAGAAGCUGUCAGCUACAGAAAUCCAAGAACAACCCCAGUCAGAAUCAAAGAGAACAUAUUCUGAAGGGAAGGAAGGAGUUGAUUACCAGUAUGGAUAUAGUGGUACAGUGGAGAAGUUGUCAUCUACAGAAACCUCAAAACAACCCAAAUUAAAACCAGAGGAAACAUAUUUACAAGAAAAUCAGCAUGAGGAUAAAGAGAUAAUUCCAGGUGAUUUACCCAUGGAAACAGAAAGUUCAAUCCCAACAGUUCAGAGAAGAUAUUCACAAGAGCCAGAAGAAGAUCAUGAUGGGUAUGAGGGUAUGAUGAAGAAGCUGUCCGCUACAGAAAUCAAAGAACAACCCCAGUCAGAAUCAGAGAGAACAUAUUCCGAAGGGAAGAAAGGAGUUGAUUACCAGUAUGGAUAUAGUGGUACAUUGGAGGAGUUGUCAACAAAUAUCCAAAGAGAAAUUAAAGAACCAUAUUUACAAAAGCCAGUGGAAGAUGACCAGCAUACACAUGGUAAAACAACUGAAGAAUGGUCAACGAAAGAAAUCCAAGAACAGUCACAAACAUAUUUACAGAAGAAAGAUGAAGAUGAGCAGUAUGGGUUGAGCAGUACAAUGGGGCAGUUGUCAUCUACAGAAACCCCAAAACAACCCGAAUUAAAACCAGAGGAAACAUAUUUACAAGAAAAUCAGCAUGAGGAUAAAGAGACAAUUCCAGAAGAUUUACCCAUGGACACCAAAAGUUUAAUCCAGACAGUGCAUAGAACUUAUUUACAAGAGACAGAAGAAGAUCAUGAUGGGUAUGAGGGUAUGAUGAAGAAGCUGUCAGCUACAGAAAUCCAAGAACAACCCCAGUCAGAAUCAGAGAGAACGUAUUCUGAAGGGAAGGAAGGAGUUGAUUAUCAGUAUGGAUAUAGUGGUACAGUGGAGGAGUUGUCAACAGAAAUCCAAAGAGAACUUCAAGAAGCAUAUUCACAAGAGACAGUGGAAGAUGACCAGCAUAAACAUGGCAGAGCAACUGAAGAAUGGUCAACGAAAGAAAUCCAAGAACAUUCCCAAACAGAAUGUAAGGAAACAUAUUUACAAAAGGAGGAACCUGAGCAGCAUGGAUAUACUGGUACAUCGAUGGAGUUGUCUUCUACAGAAACCCCAAAACAACCCCAAUCAGAACCUGAGGGAACAUAUUUACAAGAGAAAGAUAUUUUUGGGCAUGGUGGAAUAAUGGAGGAGUUAUCAACAGAAAUUCAGGGAGAAAUAAAAAGAACAUAUUUACAAGAAACAGAGGAAGGUUACCAGCAUAGCCUCAGUGGAACCACAGAAGAAUUGUCAACUAAAGAAAUCCUGGAACCUGAGGAGAGAGAGAAAGAUGAAGAUGACCAGUAUGGGCAUGGUGGUACAACCGAAGUGUUGUCAUCUAUAGUAAAGAACACAGGAACAGAUGAGACUUUUAUAGUCAGCAAGGAAACUGAUGAAUGUAAAGAAUUUCCAGAAAGGCAGCAAGAGCCUUAUCAUCGCGAAAUAACACCAACUAGACCUGAUCAUUUAGACACUAUCAAACCUGUAAUGAUGAGUGAUCCUACAAGUGCCUAUCAGAGUGACUCACUGGAAACAACUCCUGUUAGAGAUGGACACUCUUCUCACAAAUCUCCUGACUCAAUUGAUCCCAGCCCAUCCAAGGACCUCUCAGAAACUCAGGACUCGUUGGAAAACAGUCCCACAGAUCAGAGACCAGGGUUUUCAAGUCCUGCAGAACUGUAUCACAGCACUUUACAGAUUUCUGAGCUUGAGAAAUGCAUUGAUGAUGAAAAAAGUGCUGACCUUUCUCAAAGGGAGACGGAAGUACCUGACCACACUAGGUCUUUAGACUCUAGACAGUGCCUUUCAAGUCAAAUUGAGACAUUUUCAGGUCCAAUCCAUGCAAAGGAUCGAGAGGAAGCUCUGGGUGAGAGCAGUGUGAUGCAAGAACAGUUUAGUUCAGAUGAAGAGAUGUUCAAAAUGGCCGCAAAAAGGAGCAGUUUUGAUGACAUGGAAGAAGAUUACGAGAAAAUGGAUUCCCUUGUUCUUGCAGAAAGUAGGGUAGAGGACUCUAGAGUGAGCAUGCCAGUGGAAGCUAGUGCAUCCUCCAGUGAGUCUGCAGAGGAUAAAGACUUUUCCAGCACCAUCAAAAAACAGUUUACACCUGAAGAAGAGAUGUUCAAAAUGGCUGCGAAAAUCAGAGUGUUUGAUGAAAUUGAAAAGGAAUCUAAAAUGAGAAAAGUGCGAUUUGACUUCACGUCUUCUUCACAGGAUAGAAGCGACGAGCUGCGGUACGAAUAUUCUCCGGACUAUGAAACAAAAGCAGCCAAAGACACACAAGAGGAACAGUCACUUGAGUAUAGUCAGGUGUCUUCACCUCUGGAAUCAGAGCAGUGUGAGGACUCAGCCAUAACUAAACUACCUCAAGAGGUUGAUGGACAAGCCAUACAUGAUGAUGAAACCUCGGGGUAUAUGGAGGACAGUGCUUUAGAUGAGGAUGAGUCACAGGUAGAGGUUCCGCCUAUGCAAAUUCACAUUGACAAGUGCCUUUUCACAUCAGUAGGUGAGGCUAUGACUACAGAUCCCAUGAGUGAGACGAUACCUGCAACAUCAGCAACAUCAGCAUCAGACUACAGUGUGGACAUUGGUAGUGAUGCUGAUCCAAAGUGUCUUGUCACUGAUGAGAAAGCCACAAGUGAAUCAGAUGAAGAACAUUCUUUAGACAACCCACCGUCUCUACCCGUGCAUGCCAAAACUGAUGUAGAAGAACCUCAGGAAGAGCAAACGCCAAACCAAAGUAUUAAUCAAGAGGAAGAAGAAGAAGAAGGAAUUUCACAAGCGCCUCUUCAAGGAGAUCUCGUGCCUUGGAGCGCCAAACUGGAAGACGAUGAAAGCUUUGACUCGCGGAUUGAAGCUGAAGAGAGGAAAGUCUUUGCCUUAGUUGAAGACAGUGAGUCUCAUGGGACAACACCAGAAACGACUCCUGGUCGGACCCCCACAGAAGAACGAACGCCAAACCCUUUCCUGUUCCAGGAAGGAAAGCUUUUUGAAAUGACCAGAGGAGGCGCAAUUGACAUGAGCAGGAGGAGCUUAGAAGAAGAGCAAGAGGCGUUUGCCUUUUUCCCUUUAAGAGAAGACUCUGCUGAGGAGGCUCCAUUUGAAGAAGGUCUAGAGGAACAUGGAACAAGGUCUAGUGCCUGUGACUCCUCACUUGUUUCCCAGUUCGAUUCAUCCACAGAGGUUUCACAGAAUGAAAAACCCACUGUAGAAGAUGUUUAUCAGCCCACUGACUUUGAUAGUGGUAAAGAGAGGGAUCUAGACUCUGCAGAUUCAUCCAUCGCAAAUAUUGAUACCGCCACCUCCACAGUUACCCGAUCAGUUUACUCCGAACAGGACUUGGAGUCUUCCGACUCGUCUACAGAGGAGGAACAACACUCCGUUAUUGAAAUUCCUACACCUACUCAAGACACCCCCAUGCUCCCUGGUGUCUCCUCAGAGCUCCACGCCGGUGAAGACGAACUACAGUCUUCAUUUCUGUCUUCAGUGUCAACCAGAGACUCUGCUGCAGAACCUGAGGGCAAGAAACCCAAAUCAAAGAUACCAGUGAAAGCUGCCAGCUUUGACCAAACUUUAGGAAAAGGUGACUCAACCGAGCACAGCCGCAGACCCAAAUCUGAAGCUGAUAUGGGCCUGUCAGAGUGGAUUACAGCUGAUAUAGAUCAUUCCUCGGCUAAAUCCAAGUCUCCAGCCUCUAGGCUUCCUGUGCCUGUUGAACAAACACUGUCCACCCCGCCUCAGACAAGUGUCCUCUCUCAGAUCCCUGCUGUGUACCCACCGCAAUCUGAAAAUACAGGAAAACAAGAGUCUUCAAACAAGGAACCUGCCCAGGGCUCCUCCUUUGACGUAGAAGGAGACAACAGGGCUUUGGCAGCAGUUAGACCGUCCUCUGUGGGUGAGGAUGUGUUUGAGACCAGACCCAACUGGGAGGAUUGUGUGGAGACCCAGAUGGAGCGAAUCUCAGGCAGCAGUAGUCCAGAUCAGAGUAAAGUGGACUGGCAUGAUGAUGCUGAUCGGAAAGAAGAGACUCUGGCCAUUAUUGCUGACCUUCUAGGUUUUAGCUGGACAGAGUUGGCGAAGGAGCUGGAGUUUAGUGAAGAUGAAGUUCAGCAGGUUCGUUCAGAAAACCCUAACUCUCUACAAGAGCAAAGCAACGCCCUCCUGCAGCGCUGGGUCGAGCGAGAGGGAAAACAUGCAAACGAGGACAGUCUUAUAAAGAGACUGACUAAAAUAAACCGCAUGGACAUCGUCCACCUCAUAGAGACGCAGAUGAAUAAAUCGGUCCAGGAGCAGACGUCCAGGACAUAUGCUGAAAUCGAGAGAACUCUGGACCACAGUGAAGCGCUGUCGUCAGUGCAGGAGGAUGUGGACAGUCCUCGACUGGUCAGGAGAGUGGACGUCUCCUCUCAGAGACACCCCCCUGCCGUCUCAGAGGAGGACCUGUCUGUAGCCUCACUACUGGACAUCCCAUCCUGGGCAGAGACGGUUGGACACACCCAUUCAGAGAGUAUCCACGGAGACAUGCUGGAGGAACUGGAAAUCACACAGGACAGUUUCACGAAUCCAUGGGCGGUUCAAGAGGUCCGGAUUGAAUCUGCAGAUAGAGCUGAACGAAAUGAACAGCUGACAUCAACGCCCCAAGAAUUAGACCAAGCUCAGUGCGAUCCAUUAGACUAUGUGGACCCUUGCCUCUCUCCGUCGCCAACACCCUCAAACAAAGGUUCAGAUCCUCGGCCGCCGCCAACUUACAAACGUAAAAAGUACUUCUUCAGUUUCAGUCAAUCAUCCAUUGAUCAAUUUUCAAAUGAACUUUCCGCAGAAGAACCUGCAAAUGAAGGAGUGCGUGUCGCGCCAGAUCCUGCAACUGCAACUGAAGACCGCAGACCAGAGAAUGUGGAGGAUUCUCCACAGGAUAGUCUGUCUCCUGUAUGUGAAAAAAGUGACAUAGAAGGAAAUGAAAAGUCAGUAUCAGAAUUAAUACAGUCCCCAACGUCUGAGCCUGUUGAAGCUUCAGACGUCUUGCAGUCGUCCUCCAUCAGAGAAGAAGAGAAAUCCUCUGGUGUACAGCUCUCUGAGAGUGACCAAGCUUUGAGUUGUGAUACCACAUUUCCAGUUCAAACGUUGCAGAAAGAUUCCCCAGAAGACCAGAGACUGUCUCAGCAUGGUCAGGAUAUCAUCGAGACCUCAAUAGAAUCAGAUUAUGUCCUUGUUGACCCAGAUCAGGUACCAGCAGAUCCACUGACUUUGGAUCCUGUAGCUCCAAGUUAUUGGCAUGGUAUUGACUCCUCAGUUACUAUAGAGCCUACAUCGACGAUGUUGUCAUCUUGUCAGUCCAUGCCUGAAGAUGAAGAUCCAUUGGAAAUGCAAGAACUGUUGAAUGAAGCUUCUAAAACAGAGAAGGAACUUGAUCUUCCACAAAAGGCACAGAUCAUCCAAAGUCAGUCAGAUUUCCAGCAAAUGCAGGACAAAGCAUUUUCUCUCGAACAAACAUGCAAUGAUCAAGAGUCUAAGGUUCGCAAGGUUUUCCCCGCAGAUGAUCAAGGCGUUCUUCAAAUGCAAGAUCCAACUCAAGUCCAUGGCACUUCCAGCAAACACACCAAUGAUAAUGACCUCCAGUCUGAAGCUAAAUUUAAUACUGAAACUAUGCCAGACUCUUGGGUUCUGGAAGAGACCUCUCAUGAGAGUGGUCCCUUUUCUGUGUCUGAUGUUUCUCCACAAACACCAGAAACGGUCAGAUCCACUCAGCACUUUGAGUUUGAGGAGGUACUUUCAGAACCUGAAGUAGUCAGCACUGGGAAAUCCAGUGAGUCAAUUCAGAAGUCAGUUUUUACCAAAGAUCCUGUGAUUGCAGUGAUUGUAACUGAAGAUAAUGCUUUGAAGAAUUUUCCAAAAGAUACUAAAGCUGUGAAGUCCAGAGAUGCUAAACGAGCACUGUCUCAGUCGUUUGUAUCCAUUGAGCCAUUAUCAAAGGAUUCUGAGAAAUCCUCUUUUGCUCGUAGUUUCUCAGAGUCUGAUCACAUGGCAAUACCCAGCCUGAUUAGACAGGAUCUGGCACUACUUAAAAAACUUGAUCCCAGUGAAACUAUCUUAACUGGUAUGCCAAAAAGACCAGUUUAUCUUGAGUCGUCAAGUUUUGGAGCUUUUAAAUCAGUCAAUUCUAAAAUUGAUUCUGAAAUCAUUGCUGCACCUGAUCACUCUGAAGUAUAUGUCUCCUCAAAUGGAAAGCCUCACGUUCUCCAGACUCUCCUACAGAGGCCUGAAGACUCUGACUCAGAGACCUUCUUUGAGUGCAAGCAGGUCAUCUCAGAUCAGUCAGAACCAGAACUGACCAGUGGUGAGAAUGCAGCUAGCCCCUUUAAAAAAGUGUACCGUGGUUCCAUUCAGUCUUCAGAAAGCGAGGAUUACGAGGAUGCUCCCAUCAUCCAGGAGCCCUCAGAAAAAUCUGAGGAAGAUGAGGAACAUUGGGAACACUCUGGUAAGAAGCAGUCCAGACCUUUCAUACGAACUCCCCAAGAGCUUGACCCUCAAGGAGGAGCAAUGGAUGAUGACGAAGAUGAUGAUGAUGGUGAUGAUGUGUGGAGGGAUGUAGAGGAGGAGCUUGGAGCGUUAUCUGAAAGCUCUGAUGAAGAUGUGCUGAGCACCAGGGUGGUCCGAAGGAGAGUGAUCAUUCAGGCGGAUGAGGUGCCGGAGAUUUCUCUACAGCCCGUGACUGAGGAGCAGUACACUGAUGAACAGGGAAACCUGGUGAUUAAGAAGGUGAGCCGGAGGGUGAUCCACCGCUGUGUCUCUGCGGAUGGGGUGGAAAGAGAGGAGGUCAGGGUGGAGGGACAACCUGCUGGAGCUGUCAAGGUGGGCCCGACAGACUCCUGCUCCAAAGUGGUGAAGAGGACGGUGGUGAAGAGCGAAGGAGAUCAGACAGAGGUAACAUUCUGUGAGCGAAAUCUGAAGACUGAGGAAAACGGCGGAGGUCGAGAGGUCACUCAGAGGGUCCAGACGAUGGUGGUGCAGGGUGAGAGAAUGGAGAAACAUCUGGGAGACCCUCACCUGGCCACUGAGCUGCCUACUGCCCAGGACGACUUCACACAGGCUCUGCAGUAUUUAGGGGGGCUUGAGAAGGUGCGAACCCCUCGAGUGUUUGAGAAGGAGGUGAAACAGCCUGAUGGAUCCGUGAUCAGGAGGGCGAGGAUGAAGAGUAGGACGUGUCUGAGGAAGACGGCGGUGACGGACGUUCAAGGGAAGAGGCGGUUGUUUGUCGAACACCCUAGCAACCGUCGCCACGUCGACCUUCAACACCACGUCCACCGCUUCGUACAGCACUACUGCGGCCGGGCGGAGGAGGAAGAGGAAGAGGAAGAGGAGUGAAAAAGCAAGGAGUGAAGGGCCACAGUCUUCUUCCUCUGCGCGUUGUUCCUCCUCUGGCCCCGCCCCCUGAUUACCCUAUGCAUCGCGCUCCAGCAAUCCCACAAUGCACCUCACUCCUGCCACGCCCAGUCUUCCUGCCUGUUGAGCUGUGGGCGGUUCUCGCCUUUGUUUUUUUUUUUCUUUUUUUUUUCACCCCCAUUCUCUUCAUCCUCCUUUUCCUUCGUGGAGGUUCGUUUGAAUCAUUUUUUGUGACCAAAGAGAGUUUCGCCCGAUUUUUUUUAUUUUUUAUUUUUCGCCGAAUUCCCAUUUUUUUUUUUUGUGUUCCGUGAUGAAUAAAAAACAGUCUGAUUCAGAAGAAAAGCAGAAAAUCGCUUAAAUCACUUAAAUCGGACAUUAAGAAACGUAAAAUUUACUUUACCUUUACUGCACUUCAUAUCGUAAAAAAAUAUCGUAAACGCGACGUUUAUAUCGCCGUAAACGUGACACUCUUUUACGAAACUAAAACAAACUUUCCGUCUGUGUUUAAUUUAACAAUUUAACAGCGACGGCCGUUUGGCUGAUCUGUAAAUAAAGAGCAUUCUGAUCGUUAGCCUAGCUCACAUUAACCACGCCUAACGGAUAUUAGCGAGGCAUGCUUCAGCUAGCGUCAGACACGUACUAACUACGUUCCAGACUUACCGUGUUUCACUCAUAUCUCACUGUCUGUCUGUCUGUCUGUAUGUCUUUCUCUCUCUUUUCCCGUGUGAGUCGUAGUCUUAGUGUCGUCACCUGCAUCUCAUAAGCGAAGGAUUUCUCCAUUUAUUUCAUUACGGGUGUGGAUCGUUCUGUUUGAUCUUUUCUGGAGAAUGUAGCAGAAGAUCAGAAGGAUCUGAGAGAGAUGAUGAUGAUGAUUGGUUGGUUCUCUGAUCCUCUGACCAACCAGUAACCUGCGUUUCUUUUCGGAUACUGUACUGUAAUAUAUUAUACGUUACCUGUGAGAGUACCUGUGGAUUUCCUCAGUUACAAUCAAUCAAUAUUUAUUUAUUAAUUUAUUUAUUUGUGUUCUUUUAAAUCUUGGAAAUGUCUAUAUAUUUAUUAAUUGAUUUAUUUAUGUUUUCAGAAGGAGGAUCAGAGAGGAUGUGCGAUUAAAAAAGUGGGGCAUGUCGGUGAGUGAAUGUAAAUGAAUGAGUGUAUAUGAAUGAAUGAGUGAGUGUGUGUGUGUGUGUGUGAGUGGGUGAGUGCACAUGGGUCAGUGUGGGUGAAAGUGUGAAAUGUUGGUUCACAGCUGCUGCUGCUGCUUUUCACUGUGAUGCUUCACUUUUUGUUUGUUAAGAAAUCCACAUCCUGUCUGCAGAUCUAAUGAUAUUAAUAAUGAUAUACAGUAUAUCUACAACAGCAUGUAUUAGUUUAAUAUAUAACUUAUACAAAAAGACAUUUAAACACUAUACAAUGGCUGCAGUGUGUGUGUGUGUGUGUACGGCUGAUAGACAAUAAAGUGUAUAAGUGUUCCUCUUC